AGUACAAGAAACUUUAGUCACUUCUAUGCUUAUCCUACCAAGGUAAGCAAACGUUAAACAAGGCAGGCUCAGCUGAUAAGUCCCAUAUCAAGUUGCCGACCCAGGAAUUCAAGCCAUCACCCCUUCAUUUUAUUUACAAAACAAAGCCAGCAUGCAUUAAGAAGAUAAUCCUUUCCUCACAUACACCUUCCAAAAUUUAUAUGACCAACAAAUAAACAAACCAAAACCCCUCCCUACCCACCAGAAGUUUUCCCCUUUAUAAACCCCCUUCUUCACAUUUCUCUCUAUCUCUCUACUCUGUUUUCUUCAUCCAUGGCUUCUGCUCUGUUUCUAAUACUCUGUUUUACACAUUUCUUUCUUUCAUCUUCACAACCACUAUAUCUCCCUCUAACCCACACGCUCUCCCAAACCCAAUUCAACAGUACCCAACAUCUCCUCAAAUCCACCACCACGCGCUCGCGCUUCCAUCACCACCGCCGCCGCCACAACCGCGAAACAAACCAAGUCUCUCUCCCACUCGCCCCAGGCAGUGACUACACUCUCUCCUUCACUCUCAACUCCAGCCCUCCCCAACCCGUCUCUCUCUACAUGGACACAGGCAGCGACCUCGUCUGGUUCCCCUGUUCCCCAUUCGAAUGCAUACUCUGUGAAGGCAAACCCAACUCCACAAACCCACCACCCAAAAUCCCCAAAAACGCCGCCGUUUCGUGCGACUCCCGCUCCUGCUCCUCCGCCCACUCCUCCCUCUCCUCCGCCAACCUCUGCGCCAUUUCCAAUUGCCCUCUCGACUCUAUAGAAAUCUCCGAGUGCUCCUCCUUCUCUUGCCCGCCAUUUUACUACGCCUACGCUGAUGGAAGCUUCAUAGCCAAGCUUUACAAGCACAGCCUGUCGAUACCCAUGUCGACGCCUGCUCUGGUUCUGAGUAAUUUCACUUUUGGGUGUUCCCAUUCUUCCCUCGGCGAGCCAAUUGGGGUUGCUGGGUUCGGCCGCGGCUUGCUUUCUCUACCUGCCCAACUCUCCACCUUCUCUCCCCACCUCGCCACCCAGUUUUCAUACUGCUUAGUUUCUCACUCCUUUGACCAGGACCGAGUCCGUCGACCGAGUCCGCUCAUUCUCGGCCCGUACGACCGGAAACAGAAGCGAUUUGGGGACGGUGCUGGUGGGUCGGUUGAGUAUGCCUACACCUCCAUGCUCGACAACCCAAAGCACCCUUAUUUCUAUUCGAUUGGGCUCGCCGGAGUUUCGGUCGGGAAAAGGGUUUUUCCGGCACCGGAGAUUCUGCAAGGGGUCGAUGAGAAUGGGAACGGCGGGAUCGUCGUGGACUCGGGGACCACUUUCACCAUGUUUCCGCAGGGUUUCUAUAACUCGCUGGUGGCUGAGUUCGACCGCAGAGUCGGGCGAGUUCACGAGCGGGCGACUCGGGUGGAGGACGAAACCGGUCUUGGGCCGUGCUAUUAUUACGAGAAGGUGGUGGACGUUCCGACUGUGACGUUGCAUUUUGCGGGGAACAAAUCCAGUGUGUUGCUGCCCAGGAGGAACUACUUUUAUGAGUUCGUGGACGGUGGUGAUGGGGCCGGGAGGAAGAGGAAAAAGGUUGGGUGUUGGAUGCUGAUGAACGGUGGUGAUGAGGAGGAGAUGAGCGGUGGGCCCGGGGGUAUUUUAGGGAAUUACCAGCAGCAAGGGUUUGAGGUGGUUUAUGAUUUGGAGAAGCUUAGGGUGGGGUUUGCAAGGAGGCAAUGUGCAUUGCUUUGGGACAGUCUAAACCAACGGUAGAUUUGGGAGUUGAAUUUGGGCUGGUCAAGGUGGAUUGACUUUGCUUACUAAGGUCAAAGGGGAUGUUGACUUUGACUGCACAAGGGGGUGGUCUGUAAAUUCCUGUAAAUUAGUCGGGUGUUUUGAGCAAUAAGGGGGGGGGGGGGGGGGGGGGGGGGGGGUUUUGAGUAAAAAUUCUCUGCUGCACUUCAUCUUUUGCAUUUUCUGCUGACAAAUUGUAAAUGUUUAUUGUUUAUAUUUUCUUUUUCGCUGAAUAAAAA